UGUACGCACACCCGCCAAAAAAAGAAUCGAACUCAUCGACAACAGAGCACCAGAAACCACCACAAUCCCAAUUCCCAGCACAGAUUACACAAGAGAAGGCGACGAUGGCCGUGAGCAAGCAAUGGACGCGGGUGCGCACGCUCGGCCGCGGCGCCUCGGGGGCCGAGGUCUUCCUGGCCGCCGACGACGCUUCCGGGGAGCUCUUCGCGGUCAAGUCCGCCGCGGGGGCGGCGUGCGCGGCGGCGCUGAGGAGAGAGCAGCGUCUCAUGUCCGGCCUGCGCUCCCCGCGCGUGGUCUCCUGCAUCGGCGGCCGCGGCGCCCGCGACGGCUCCUACCAGCUCUUCCUCGAGUUCGCCCCCGGCGGCUCGCUGGCGGACCGGGUGGCGAGCAACGCGGGGCUCGAGGAGCGCGCCGUCCGCGGCUAUGCGGCCGACGUGGCAGCGGGGCUCGCGUAUCUCCACGGCACCGGGAUGGUGCACGGGGACGUCAAGGCGCGCAACGUCGUGAUCGGCGCCGACGGCCGCGCCAAGCUCGCCGAUUUCGGGUGCGCGAGGGAGGCCUCCACGAGCGGACCGAUUAUCGGUGGCACGCCGGCGUUCAUGGCGCCAGAGGUGGCGCGCGGCGAGGAGCAAGGCCCCGCGGCCGACGUCUGGGCGCUAGGCUGCAUGGUUGUCGAGAUGGCCACCGGCCACGCGCCGUGGAGCGGCAUGGACGGUGACGCUCUGGCCGCGCUGCAUCGGAUCGGGUACACGGAGGCCGUCCCGGAGGUGCCUCAAUGGCUGUCCGCUGAGGCCAAGGACUUCCUGCGCGGGUGCUUGGUCAGGCAGGCCAGCGACCGGUGCACGGCGGCGCAGCUCCUGGAGCACCCGUUCUUGGCGUCCGCCGUCAUCGUAGACGCGAAGCCUCAAGCCGUGGAGAGCAAAAGCAAAUGGGUGUCGCCCAAGAGCACGCUGGACGCGGCAUUCUGGGAGUCGGAGUCAGACACCGACGACGCGGAGCACGAGAGCACGGCCGAGAGGAGGAUGAGGGCAUUGGCCUGCCCUGCCUCGGCGCUCCCGGACUGGGACUCGGACGAGGGAUGGAUCGAUGUGCUCUCCUCACCUGAAGCAGCUCCGGUGGCGGCCGAGGAGACGGCUGACCUGGACGACGCGAUCACACCAUGUGAAGAAGAAGCAAGCAGCGCAGAGUCCGGCGUUCUUGACGCUGUACUCGUGGAGUGUAGCAGCUUCGUCAACGCGGGAGAGGCCUGCGAUGAUUCAGUCCAGCAAAGUUGUAGUACUAGGCAUCAGUCUCUGGAGGAUUUAGUUUCUCAUCACGGGUUAUCAUGUACUACUGCUAAAUUGUUGUUUUGCAACAAAAAUACCAAUGCAAUUGAUUUCGUUCCUGCACAUCAAAACCUUCUGCUCGCUCCCUCAAAAAAAAAAAACCUUCUGCUCGCACUGCUAGUCUUUUUCACCCAUCAUAGAUCAUCGUACCCCGUUAUUACGACACGUUGGACUUCGAUUAGCAAAAUCGGUGAAAAUCCAGCGUAA